CAGGGUUAAUUUGAUUUAACCCUGCUAAAUUCAAAUUAAACUCAUAGUGUAGACCAGGCCUUACACUGUCCUUCAAGCAGAAAGAAAGAGCAGGGAAAAUAGAACAGCUUUCAGUCCUCCUGAGCUCCUUCUGUUCUCAGCUUUCAGUGAUGGUUUGGAUUUGUGUGUCCAUAUUGUAGGUAUCAUGCCUUCACUAAAGCAUGCACUGCAAAUUUCUACUGCUGCUCUUGUUAUUGCAAAAACAUUGGCUGCUGGAUCUAGAUUGGGCUUCAUUAUCUUGUGUUGUCAAUCGGAAAAGAAAAAAAAUAGUCUCUCCACAGCCCUUGUAUUGUAUAUGAUCUUCCUCACGUGUGUGAUCAUGGUAACGCUUCUCAUAAGUGCGGUCUUGUCAAUUUGUCCCCAACACCUUGGGAUGUUUAAAAAGCAAACAAUGUACCGGGUCAUUCUGGAUACUGCAGCUCCUGGGGAAGUGAUUCUAGUUGUGUUGUUUGUCAUCUUCCUUACACAGAACAUCCAGCAUCUCCAAAGAAAAGGCUGGUCACCGUUUUUUGACAGCACAACUGCCACCCAUAUCGCUGCUGCAAUGUCUCUCCUUAUUCUUCUAGUGCCCUUUGUGUGGUAUCACAGGAAGAAAAAAAGCCAAGAAAAGGCUCAGCAAGAAAGAGAACCUGCAGAAGUAAGGAUGCAAUGCCCCAGAAAACCUUUUCAUUGGACUUUGAAAAUAUUCUCAUUGGUUCUCCAUAGUACAGUGAAAACUGAGAGAUCCCUCAAUUCAGCCAGAACAUUUUUGAGCUUCCAGUUCUUCAAAACACUUUACAACUGCUUGUUUAAAUAUAUAGAGAUACACACACACUGAGGAUUAUUGUUUAAUAUUGCACAGUAAAACACCACAUCUCUUUAGGCCAGGAAGGGAAAAAUUUCACAUGCAGUUGAAAAGCUGAGAAUUUCUGGAAGCAAAAUGUAAUGAAAUAAGAUGGACUGUAGCCAGGACAGUGGGAUCAGCUCUGCUGCUUUUCCAGUGGCACUUGUUAUAUUUUUCAUGACCUGGCAGAGAGGAGUUGUGAAUUUUGCAUCUGCUCUGGAUGACAAUGCAUCCAGGAACACAAUGUCUCCAUCACUAUGCCUGGCCAUCAGUGCAGUUCUGACAUCAGGCUAGAUUGUAGAGGUGGUAAUAUUCAAUUUCGUGCCCAACCCCCUGCAACUGAGCAAUAGCUUCUUGCUCUUGGAAGGAAUUGUAUCCCAUACAGAAACACCAAUGUUAGUUCAGGCAGUACCUGUUUUUGUCCUGGAGCUGCCUUCAUCAAGCGCUCUCGUUCCCUCUGCUGUUCAAGGAAGUGUCAUGCAUAGGCUCCUGGAAGAUGUCCCUUUGUUGUCCAGGACCUGGAGGUAAGGUGUGAAGAAAUCAGAGGUGCAGCACAGGAGAACAAUUAGCACACAAAAAAUCAUAUUGCAUAAUCAGAAAGAGAUGCAUUUGAUUUGCCACCAAACUAUGCUGUCGCCUUCCUGUGAUAUUGUUAGUGACAAAAUUAAGCUAAAGGAUUUUAAAACCAUGAAUUGAAAGGUUAAAAGGUAUCAGUAUUUUUUAAAAAUAUGAACUCAAUUUAAAAGAUAAAACUACUUCUAAAACAGCAAUAUAAAUAUAAUCCAAAGCAAAGAACGAAGAAGUUAUUGAAUUAAGAAAUAAUGCUUAUGUGUCAGCAUUUGCGAUUGAUUAAAUGUCAAAGGAUAGCUGAGACAUCG